GCGAAAAUCCGGCAGUAACACGCUCGCCGCCUCCCAAAACAGCGGAAACCGGAAAAUAUAGGGAGCCGCCAACCACCUGUACGAAUAUUUCGGGAAGUUGAAACUGUGGAAAGGACAGGAUGUGACUCGUAGCGGGCAGUAUCUCGAUGUGGAUGAACACGUGAGUUUUCACGUCAUUUUUCGUGCGUCCAAACUGUCGAAAGUUGAUUAGUUUCGAGGCAUAAUAGCUGGAAUGGAAUCUGACUGCUGACUGCCAACAAUUCUGACUCAUCACGAAGCAAAAUGAACAUCUCCACAAGUGUGGCAGAACUUGAGCAAACUGCCGAAGAAUACAACAUCUCCAAUUCAAACCUCACAAACCUAUAUUACAACUGGACAUGCGAGAGAGAAGUGGACACCCUGUUCAAAACAGUCGUUUACACCAUGUACGCCAUAAUCUUCGUGGUUGCCCUCGUCGGAAACCUCUUCGUGUGUUAUGUGGUACUGGCGUCACCAAGAAUGAGGACGGUCACCAAUUACUUCAUCCUGAACCUAUCCAUAGGCGACGUGCUGAUCACGAUACUCUGUGUUCCGUUCACAUGCAUCUCGAUGAUGAACCAGUACUGGCCGUUCGGAAGUUUCCUGUGCCCUGUCAUAAGCUACGUACAGGCGAUUUCUGUGUUCAUCAGCGCUUACACCCUCGUUGCGAUCAGUAUCGACAAAUACAUGGUUAUAAUGUGGCCGCUGAGGCCGAGGAUUUCGAAAAAGGCGGCCACGUGGGCCAUCAUGGCCAUCUGGAUAUUCGCUGGGUUGACAGUGUGGCCAACGGCAGCGUUCACGGAGUUAGUGCAGCCAUCCGAACAUUUCGUACGUUGUGACAAAUACGUCUGCCAGGAGAACUAUAAGGAGGUGGGAGUCGAAUACGGCAAGCUGUACUCUAGCGUGCUCAUGGUUCUGCAGUACGUCAUCCCCUUCACCGUCCUCUUAAUUUCUUACACGAGCAUCGCCGUCAUCAUCUGGUGUCACAGGAUCCCCGGAGAGGCGGAAAAUUCCAGAGACAGGAGGAUUGCCAGGUCCAAAAGGAAGAUGGUCAAGAUGAUGGUAACUGUAGUGUGUGUAUUCACCGUGUGCUGGUUACCUUACAACAUAUUGAUGAUUUUCGUGGAGAGUAUAAGGGUGGACGUUUUGGAGAUGCUCUAUUUUCCAUUCCACGGUUUGGCCAUGUCCCACGCCUGCUACAACCCCAUCAUCUAUUGCUACAUGAACAGCCGCUUCAAGGAGAGCUUGAACCACAUACUGAGAAGGAUACCAGGCUGCAAGGGUCACUAUUUUAGGACUGGCUCAGGACCACCCAGCGUAGGAGUCGAUCCUACCGACAGCGCAAUGAUCAAUCGCAACAACACCUACACAACCUACAUCAGCCUGAAGAAAAAUGGCCUGAAAUCUUCACAAUCUUGCUGCAGAGAACCAGCGCGUUCAGCGUCUGUGCGAACAAACUCAAGCAUUGUGUUCUCGAGAAAAUCAAGAUAUUCGAUGAACGUAAUGGACGAGCAAAUAUGAAGCAACAAGCCUUCAUCAAGACGAAGCACGAGAUGAAACAGUGACAGUGAAGAGUAGCCCUUCAAACCUGCCGCCCUGUAUAUCCAUUUUGAGGAAGAAUUUCGAUCAUAAGAUGGCAAUUAUGGAAUAUGAUGUGAGAUCAUCGAAAAUAACGUGAGAAAUUGAAGUUGAGUGAUUAAUCAGAUGAUGUUGUCAGUGACAAAACAUUUUUAAUCCUCUAACAGCUAUGGAACAAAGUUGAAGAAGUUGUGAAGUAGUUAGAGCCAUAGCACACCGUUUAUUUAUGAUAUCUUUCGCGAUUUCGAAAUAUGUUUUUAUCCUCAUAAGUUCGAGAAUAUUGAAUAUUAAAAUCACAGUUUUCAGGUUGAAUUUUCACGUGGAUACUCUCACUAUUUUAUAGAUGACUUUUGUUGCUGAAGAGUUGGGAAAAAUUGUUAUCCUACGAUUUAAGAAAGCGAAAAAGAUUCAACUACUUUUUUGACUUAAACUUUUACGCAAAAUGCACAAAAUUAUAUAUGUAGAACUACAUUUUGAGAAACUCCCAUGAAAUUUACAAUAAAAAACAACCGGAAAAUAUUUAAUUUAGCUACUUUUUGAACUGUGUGCUACAGCUCUAAAUAUUCUUAUCAAACACUAAAAUUUUUACUGAGAGUGACUAAAAAUAAAAAGAUUGACAGCCUGUGAAAAGUAUAUGUGGAAAGAACCAAUGUAGUAUAAAAUUUCAAGGAUUCUAGUUUUUACAAACUAAAUGUUAAGGUUUCGUUUUACUGUAAAUAAGAUGUGAUUUUUCAGAUAAUUCUUCAAUAAACGUCAAUGUGAACAAAUUGUAAAUGGUGUGAAAAAUAAACGAUAAAUACUUA